AUGCAGUAUUCGUCUGACGAUAUCGCAGCAGCGAAGAGCUUUCAGUUCGCUACGCACAUGUAUGCGUCAAUGGCUACAUUCUGGGUCUAUGAUUAUGCAUGUUCACUUCAUGAAGAGGUAAUACACCCGUUCCGCAAUAUACCUCGAUUUCAAUAUUUUGAUAUUCACCGCACGCUGUGCAAAGUGGACAUUUUUGCUUCGAUCGCCCUGGAACAAGGUGAAAGGCCUGUAUAUUGCUACACGAUACCUCCCUUUAUUCUUCUCACUACAAAUCUAUAUAUGAAUUUAUCCCCAAAUGAGAAUCCAGGUAGAUGCCGGACGUUGGCCAAUAUUGACUCAGGUAUUGGUAUGGUAUCGGUUAUUUGCUCCGAAUGUUUUUUCAUCCUCAGAACAUAUGCGCUCUGGAAUAAUAAUAAAAUCUUGCUCGCAGCCAUGAUGUCCACCUUUUUCCAGGCUUUUAUCGUAGCAUGCUUCACCAUUACCUUCGCCAUUACUGUCCCCGCAGCAUAUGCGACUAGCGCGAUCCCGGGCAUCACAGGGUGCUACCAGAGUUCGACUAGUUUUCAGCUCUUCAUACCAUUUCUUCUCCUUUUCGCGUUCGAACUGGGACUCCUUAUACUCACGCUCAUACGCGCCAUACAGAGCUGGCGGACGAAUACAAAUCGUCUGUAUGUUGCCCUUGUGAGCCAUAACAUAUCCUAUUAUGCAUGCGGUCUUCUGGUAAACAUAUGCACAUCGCUGCUUCUCCCGUACUCCUACCAUUCCAUGUUGCACGAUUUCCAGUUCAUGAUCCUCGCCGUCCUCGCCACGCGCAUGCACCUCCAUCUCUGGCAGAUGAACCAACGUGCACACUGCCCUGGCACCUUUGUGGAUAUUCCAAUGUCCGAUAUAUCAUUUGUACAUUCUAUGCCGUGA